CGGGCACACAGGCACACCGGACGGAGAAGCUCAGGGACCCACCGGAGAGUGGCUGUGGGACCCAAGAAGGAAUAAAAUACACCUUCAUUUGGGGAGCUGAAGACCAAGGUUCAAGACCAGCUCUGCUACUUCCAGCUGUGGGGCCUUGAGCAGGUGCCUCUGGGCUUUAGUUCCCUUCCCUGUGUAAUGGGGGGCAGUGGCAUCCCCUCCCACUCCCAGACACUGUGAGUGAGCACAGCAUGGCCCCACAGUGAGGCCACACAUUUACCAACUACGCCAUACUUAAGGGUGCCCAUUUCCAGGCUCUCCCAGACCUGAGUGGGUGCCACCCACUCAGGCCUCCACCUGAGCACAUCCACGUGAGUCACCGAGAACUCGGCCAGCAUGAACUGGGCAUUUCUGCAGGGCAUCCUGAGCGGUGUGAACAAGUACUCCACAGCCCUGGGCCGCAUCUGGCUGUCGGUGGUGUUCAUCUUCCGCGUGCUGGUGUAUGUGGUGGCAGCAGAGGAUGUGUGGGACGAUGAGCAGAAGGACUUUAUCUGCAACACCAAGCAGCCGGGCUGCCCGAAUGUCUGCUACGACGAGUUCUUCCCUGUCUCCCAUGUGCGCCUCUGGGCCCUGCAGCUCAUCCUGGUCACCUGCCCCUCACUGCUUGUGGUCAUGCACGUGGCCUACCGGGAGGAGCGAGAGCGCAAGCACCGGGAGAAACACGGGCCCAACGCACCAUCGCUGUACAACAACCUGAGCAAGAAGCGGGGUGGGCUCUGGUGGACCUAUUUGUUGAGUCUCAUCUUCAAGGCCGCCGUGGAUUCGGGCUUCCUCUACAUUUUCCACCAUCUCUACCGAGAUUAUGACAUGCCACGUGUGGUGGCCUGCUCUGUGGAUCCCUGUCCCCACACCGUGGACUGCUAUAUCUCCCGGCCCACGGAGAAGAAAGUCUUUACCUACUUCAUGGUGGCCACGGCGGUCAUCUGCAUUCUACUCAACCUCAGCGAAGUCACCUACCUGGUGGGCAAGAGGUGCAUGGAGCUCCUGGGCCCCAGGCGCCGGAAGUCUCGGCAUAGGCACCACCUCCCUGACACCUGCCCCCCGUAUGUGAUCUCCCAGGGGGGCCACCCCCACGAAGGGAGCUCUGCCCUAGUGAAGGCCAGCUCGGCCACCAUGGAAGCAGGUGGGUAUCCAUAACCUGCAGCAGAAUCAGCAGGUAGGGUCACCCUGUUCCCUGCCUGUCCCAAGGCCACCACCCCGUACAGGGGCAAAAGUGGGCUAAUCUUCCCCUGGUGAGCAGGAAGGGACUGUGGGGACUCCAGUCUACUUGUUGUCCAAUCUGCAAUGAAGGGUGACAGUGCGUCUGUGGGUCCUGAGCCUCCGUGGACUUGAUGGCUGGUGGGAAUUUUAUAAACAGCAAUAGGGUGAGUCGGAGCCCUUAAUAAAUAUGAUUUUCUCCCCCCAGUUCUUUGCAGGCCAGGUGGUGAAUGAAUGGGGGGUAGGCAAGUGCAGGGUUCGGAUGGGUGCCUCAAAAGGGUCUGAGCCCCAGAACCUCAGAUCCUAUCACUCCAGACCUCUCCCAUACACACAUACAAAGUCUCCAUCAACCUCACCUGGUGUACCACCAGCACAAGGAGAAGAACGAACAAAGGCAGGAGCUACGCCAGGGUCCUGUUGCCCUGCAGCCAGCUGGCCACGACAAAAGGACAGGGAGCCUUGGAGACUCCUGUGUCCAGCAGGAGCUGGUCCCCAGUGAGUGUCUGGCAUAUGAAUGCAACACAGGGGCUCCCUCCCUGCUCUCAGCUCCCCAAACACUGUAAUAGGCAGAACCCUAGUAAGGGAGUCUCUCUGAGGGAAGGGAAACAGUGCAGACAGCAAGCUAGGGAUGGGACUUCCGGGGUGACUCUGAGGCAUGACUCACCCGUACCUCAUAUCUGUGGAAUUUCCCCCCCUGUUCACUGAGACACAUUCCUCCCCUGCCCCUACCACUGUUCUGACCUGACCCAACCCCCAAACCAUGCCUUCAGCCUGGACCUGCCCCUGAGUCUCUGGGAGAGCCACAGGCAUCUCAAUGGCAUCCAACUGACCCUGUCUCUUCC